AUGGGCAACUUUCGUGCUAAUGAAAGUGUCACUGACGGCAGGAAGAAAUCACAGGUGCCUAAAUUUGGUGGAACCUCUACAAUUGACGAUGGGUUAUUUGAAAAACUCAAUGAGGUAGUUUCUAAGAUCGAUCUUGUUAACGAAGGGGCCUCAAAUGAUUACAAGCCGCUGAUUGCGUUUUUCAGCAGCAAGUUUGCCGUCCAAGCAGUCCAAUCUUGGUCCUACUAUGCUCAGGUCAACAAUCACGCUAAAUUUACAAGUUGUACGUCUCGACUCGCCAGAUCAUUGAGGGUCUUAGGAUCCGAUCGCAGCACUUUAGCGUGUGGUACAAAUUUGAUCCGUAUGAUACUUCAAGAGUACACAAAAGUUCUGUACCGUGGUCUCAAUAACAUGAAGCCUUCUAUAACCGACUCCAUGCUAAGAUUAAUGCGUCAGAUGGUUGCAUUCAACAAAGGACAACAUGUCGACGAUUUCUUAACAUAUUUUGACUUGGCUCUGCCAAGUCUUCCCCGCAUUUUGGGCCCUACAAAAGCCGAACUCGCAGAUCCAGAUCAAUGCAAAGCAAACCCUGAGCUUUCCAUGAGGUUUAACUUCAUACAGUUUUGGCUCGCUUUGAUAGAGAAUGCAAGCCCACUUUUAAGGAAAGCUAUUUUAACCGAAAAUCCUAAGAUCAUGAGCGGCUGGUUCAAGCAUAUGACAAAAAUUGAUUCCGUGAAAUUAAUGAAACACAGUAUUAAUACGAUGAUAGAAAAAGUACUUCAAGAGAAGUCAUUAAGAAAAGCCACAAAGUGCAAAAUCUUGAACGAGUCUUUUAUUAGCAAGCUUCAUCAUUUUUACUAUUCUGCUGACGCUGAUUUGGUAAAAUCAGUUGACCAUUUUUUUGAACUGUUUUCAACUAGUGAUGAAUACGGCGUUGCGUUCUCUGACGACAAAGUGUGGUUUUCUGAACCAGUAUAUUCGAACAAAUUUUCCGCUAACAUUAGCAAUGGUGCUGUCGUCAUUGUCAACAAUAUUAAAUUCAAUCUUUACAACAAAUUGCUGUACACAAUGCUCACAUUUUUCAAACCUUGGGAAGACGAGGUUCAGUUAAACAGGGUUUUGCAAGUCUUGCGAGCAGUGCCGGAACUUGUUGCGCCGUAUUGUAAUCAUUUGGGAGCGCUUGGAAACCAUGAACCUCGAGCGACAUCUUAUUGGUUCGGCAUGACACUUUUAUUAGGCAGGAUCAUUAAUUUGCCUAUUCCUCAAAAAGUGUUGGAGAUUCAGACUGAUGAAGCUCCUUCAUCAGCGAUUGCAAUUGAAUCGAUCGUGCCAUGCACCUUAACGAAGGCAGCUUUGACAAAAGCAUUGAAUCAUGAGGUGACUCUUAUAAAACAAAUGGGCCUUCAGUUGCUAGUGUUUUCUUUCCAAAAGCUAGAAGCUGUUUUAAAGCUCUACGAUGAUAAAGGGUGGAGCUCAUCUAAAUCCGAAUUGGUCAAUCACUUCAAAACCAAGACACCAGAGAUGGCGGUAAUUUCAUCUACGCUGGACUUCGUGAGCCAGCACAAGAAGGAAAAUAAGGUUCUUGCUGCAUCUCUAUCCAUAGUGUUAAACCACUAUAGCAAGGUGUUUCCGCUAAGCUUCAGCGUUGGGCUGUCUAGCGAUAGUAUUUUCUUGAGCGUCAUGAAAUCCGAAUCGUUUACCGGCUUAGAUCUUGUCAUGCUUGACAACUUUUUACAGUUUCAGGAGCUCAAUAAUUCCCAAACUAAGUGGUAUAACUCAACGAACGGUGGAACCUCCAUUUUCACAUCUUUGCUACGGUUAGCAUCAUCGAACAGCGCAACUAAUGCGUUGACAAAUAAAGUUACCUUAUUGCUGGAAAAUUUGCUGAAGUUCUCGGUACUUUUCAAUGAUAAUUUAACAUGCUCUCCUCUAUUGGCCUUGAUAAAUAGUCUUCAGGUUAUCAUGAGAAGUAAGCGUGACAGUAACGGGUUACAAGAAAGCAAAAUUUGGAAGCUUUUAGAUGAAACUAUUUCAAGGUGCAUGAAAAUGCCUUACAAAUACGUUGACGCAUCGGCCGCAUUUGGCUUUUGUUCCCCAUUUUUGAUUGCUUUGAUUGAGCAGUGGGAAUAUUUGAACAAGGAAACUGCCUUCGAGAUGCCACUAAAAUGGUUAUUGAUUUUUUUGCAAACGUCAGUUUUCAUUGGUGAGCCUUUGGAUGGCAUAAUAAACCUCUUGAAACCUGUUUCGACAAUUCCAGAAAGUUUGAGAGAUAUCUAUCUCAAUUUCGAAAAUUAUGAAGAAGGUCUUCGCGUACUACGAGGGCCAGAUUACUUGAUUGCUAGCAAUAUUGACUUUUCAUUCUUUCAGCUCAUAACGCUUGCAGCAGCAUCUGAGCUAAACUCAAUAUCGAGAUAUCCUGUAAAUGAGCUUGAUAUUGCUGGCCUCCUUUCGAGAAUUCAUUUACUACAGGUUAAUCCCCCUUCGUUCAUAACCAAUCUCAACUUUUCAUCAAUAGUCGAUAACCUCCUACUAAAAGCAGCGAACUACGUUUUGUCCCAGGGCGACUUCAAGUCAAAAUUUACUGGGAAGCGCUACUUUUCUAAGAUUGUGGUAACUGAAAGUGUAGAUAUUGAAAAUACAACUGACUGUGAGAGAUAUGCAUACGUCACAAAUGCCAUGACUGAGAUCUAUGCUCAGCUAGGAGCAGACAGCUCUGAAUUUCAAGACUAUAUUUAUGGUUUAUGGAUAAAUUGUGGCGGACGCUGGAAGGAAACUGAUGCUCUAAACAUGGUCUUAGUCAAUGGGCUUACAAUAUUGUCUUCAGAUCAGCUUCAAGAACUAUUGGGACUGUUCGUGUCUGACAAUCAAGUGCUAUUACCAGCUAUCCUCUCAGAAAUGUUUCAUCGGAAAGUUCAGAUAAGCAAUGAGCAAUUUUUGAGAAUACUUUCAUGUAACCUUUCCACGCUUGUUCCAAUAAUGCAACAGUACCUCAAAUUGGGACUGGUAAAAUCACUUCAAUUUUCAGAAGCGAUAUCUAUCGCUUUGUCAAUUUCUGCCAACACUAUCGUAGAGGAAAUUUUAGCAUAUGAUGAGGGCGUCGAUAGUAUCAUCCAGUAUCUGGAGAUGAUAAACGACGACGAACUCCGCAUCAAAGUUGCAGCCGCGUUAGCUCUGAGAGAAGGCGAGCAAAUUUCCGUGUUCGUGAACAAGGCACUGGAAAUUUCAUUUCAGAAUCUAGAAUCAUUGAGUUCUUCCGAUUUUGAUUCAGCAAUUAAGCUUUUCACCAAUUGCUUCCAAAGGAUUCCAUUAGAUCAGAAAACUUCAAUUCUGGAGUUCGUAACAUCUUUGAGCAGUUACAGGUUUACUCCACCAGUAGCAAAAUUCGUGGGAUGUUUUGAAAUUCAUGGAAACAAAAGCGUUAUUUCAUGGAUGCAAAAGUCCGCUGUUGUAAUAACGAAAAACUUCUCAGAGUUAACACAACCUUCGGAACGAUUUUUCGAUUUCUUGCACAACUUCCAACAGCUGCAUCACCAAGCUAAUCUAUGGAAGUUAGGCUUGUCUUCCGUUUUGAUCUCUCAAAUAGAAGCCAUACUUGAUGGCCAUUGGGUCUCUCACAUCGAGUCUCUAGAGUUUCUCUGCAUCAUUCUUCUUGGUGCUGACAAGUCUAAACUGAACAGCAGUAAGAUGCUCCACCUUCUCCUUAACAAUGACAGGAUGUGCUUCAAUAACUCCGGCCUUGAUACGCACAUUCAAUUUUUGACGGCCUCUGUGAUCUUCAUUCUUUUCAAUGUGGAUCCUGUUGGCUGCUCGAGUGCCGUAGUGCAGGAUAAGCUACUUUUGUACUAUAAUGGGUCCAUAUCUCCUCCUGAUAGGAUGAUACUUCAAGUUCUGGAGCAAAUCGAAACGAAAGUACUCUCGCCGUGGACCAAUAACAUAUUUGCUUGGGACUAUCAAGAGACAGCAGAUGAGCAAAAUCCUAGCGUUGGCGACAGCUAUCAUUUGAUAACUAAAGAGAAAGAGGGUUUUAUUUUAACGAUAAGAAGAGACUUGAUCAAACAAACUGUUGACAACUUUGCUCUAAGCAUGCCAUCGUUACCGGUGUGGGGCGUAAAGGAGACAAUCCCCGCUUGGCAAGAAUUCACUAAACUUCAGGAGUCUACAAAUUUGUUUUACAAUAGCCUCCAAUACAAGAUGUAUGAUCCCAUGUUUUUGUUACUCACGAUUGUGAACAACGAAGAACUGUUGAAAUCCAAGCGUGCUGAUGGGGAAGAACAGUCUGAGAACUACUUUUUAGACACGAAGAAAAUAGUGGAUUCUGGUUUGCUCGAAUUCAUUAUAAUGACACUGAGUCUGGAAGGAGACAUUCGUGACGUGGCUUUGUCCUUGAUUCAUAAGAUGCUUGAAUCUCUAGACAUUGCUAGUACCCUGAAGGAGGGGCACGUCUAUAAAGUGUUGCUGAUGAAAAUUGCUUACACAUUCCACAUUAACAAAAACGAGGAAGGUCAAGGGUUUAAGAAAGUCAGUCCCUUGAUGUGGUAUAUGGUAGCACGCAUUUGUGCGAUUUUGAACCAACCGACUUCGUUUUUAUAUGAAAAGGCAUACCGCUGGGUCUUCUCUUCUCCUAGUAUUAAUCCACAGCAAAUGCCACUUUUCGAAGCCGUGGUAAUAACAAAGCCAACAGAAGACGUCGAGCAUUACUAUAGGUAUUUGCAGUGGUUUUUGGAAUGUAUAACACAAGGGUUAAAGACACUAGACGAUAUCGAACUUCUCAAAUCCAAAAAUCUUAUGGAAUGGAUUCUGAAUUUGCUGAACUCGCCUUAUAUUUCCUUCAAGCUGCAGACACUUUUGGCCUCUAUCAUCUACAAAAUUCAAAGGAUCGAGACGGGAGGACCAACGCUUCUCACUCGAUUUGCUAGCGCAUCCUUUUUAGAAACCUUACAACAAAACACAACUCAAAAGCUGGCCCAAUCAACAGAUGUUCUCUCCUCUAAUAACAAGAACAAACUUCGCUUGAAACAAGCGCUGACUUUGCAGCAAACGCAAGUCAAUAAUUCUGAAAUAGUUACGGGUUUCGUUGCGAUAGCCAAUUCCAGGAAGAGACUUACUGAGUGGAUGGAAGGUGACGCUGAAAACCUUUUGAAGCGUGUUUGUCUUACUGAACAUGUGGAAUCUUAG